UCCGUGACGCUCCUCCGUGACAGCGGGCGGCGCUGCAGCAUGUGGCCGGGGCGGAACACGGCGAAUGGAGGGAAAGUUUGUUCUGGAUGACAACAGAGUUGUUGAGGAUGAACUAGGAGAAAGCUCAGUCAGAAAGUCUUCCAGGGAGCCUGAACGCCUCUGAGCGGAUGAUGAGCAGCAGCGCGGGGUUAGAGGCGUCACUGCUCGACGCGCUGCGCGACGCGGACGCCAGGUGUGUGGAGUCUCUGCUGCGUCAGGGAGCCGACCCCAACACCAUCCUCGAGGACGGACUGGCAGCUGUUCAUCUGGCGGCAGGGAAAGAGUCUGAGAGAGGACUGCGCUGUCUCAAACUGGUCCUGCAGCACGGAGCCGAUCCCAACCUCAGGACUACUGACGAUCUGACUCCUUUACAUAUCGCUGCAUCUUGGGGGUGUCUCCAGAAUCUCCGAUUACUCUUAAGGAAUGGAGGAAACCCAAACCUCACAGAUCAAGAUGGGAAUAAACCAUCUGAUCUGGCGGAGCAGGAGGAGAACAGUAGAUGUGCAAGCCUUCUCCAAGAGUACGAAUCCCAUACAUCCAAAGAGGAGCUAGACAUUCCCAAAUUCCAGUAUUCGAUCCUCUCUGGACAGUCCAUGAGCGACAGUUCGUUCAGUCCAGAAACUUCAAUGCUCAUUCCCCCUGGAGCAGAACCAUUGAGCAGCACACGCCUGUCCUCCUUUUCCAGCAGCUGUAGAGUCAAUGGAAGACCUUUGAACAGAGACAGCCAGGCUUUCUGGCUCUCAGAGACGUCCGAUCUUGACUCACAUGACUCUCAUGUGUGGAAUAAUGAUGACAUGAGCAAGGAGUUACCCAUGCUGUCUAGUAAUGGUCUCUCUGCUGUGGACAAUAAGAAGAAUCCAUCCAUGACAUACCAGCAUCAAGCCGCAGAUAGUGACUGUGAUGUUUUACAUAAUAACCCUGUUUUGUCUCAACGGGAAAACCGGAAGAGUGUGACCUUCAGGGGAAGUAUUGAUUAUUUACCUGUUAUCAGCCCAGACGAGCAUCAGCAGUUCUCUCUUGAUCAGUCCAGUGAUCUUACAUCGGAUCUUUCUCAAUAUGUGGAUUUCCUAGAUUGUAAGCGUAUGGCGACCGUGUUACAGAAUCAGGGAAUCGAUGUCACGUGUCCUGAUGAUGUAUUCAUAUUUUCCAAAGAAGCUGACACAGGGGAAGAUGAAUUUGACAAGACUGUUGUGGGGCCUGUUCAACUGGAUGAUGAUGAUGAUGAUGAUGAAUUUAAGAGCAUCAUUCAGCCCCACAUCAGCAGUGGGUCCAGCGAGUACAACAGCUGUGGCAGUGACCCAUACCAGAGCCCCAGCACUGAAAACAGUGCAAGUCCACCUUCAUCCCAACCCUGUGACCACACAUCAGGUUUGACUGUGGAGCCGUGUGGCUUCAGUGUUAGGAAUGAUGGAAACAGACCGCUAAAAGAGGUAGUCAGGGGUCCUACUGAACAAUCGUGUGUAUCCGCAGAUGUCCGAGAUGCCGGUAAGGUUCAGGAGACCAGUACUGAAUCUGAUUGUAUUCCAAGUCCAUUUGUUACUGGGAGAACCAGGUCCAGAUUGAGUCGUCAUUCUGAAAGAAUGAGCCAAAAAUUGUCUUCCUUUCAGACCAGCUCUUGCCUCUUUGAACAGACGUUGCCCACCGCUACCCGUUCGCGCCGCAACACUGUGAAGUCGCCUUACGCUACGUCAAAGCACAGUUUCAAUGAAGACAAAAUGGAGGAUGUUGACUCACAAUUGAGCUCUCUCAAGUUAUCUGUAAUCUCAGAUGGUCAAAGCCAAGCUGACACAAUAAUCCUAUCCGACAGCAUGGCUGACACUGUGUUAAUUGCUGAAGGAAGUGUUGAACCACAGUUGGAAACAAGUGUCAGUGAGGCUGGUAAUAAGCUUACCACUCCUGAAGUGAAGAAAUCCUCAACAGUAAUGCCACAGAUCCUCCCUACUCUAGGAGACAAAGAGUUUAGUGUCACGUUUGGACUUGCCUCUCAAGGGUCUUUGCCAUUUCAGGUAGAUAACUCAGAAUCUGCCUCCAGGUUGAUGUAUGAUUCCCCAAAGACACAGAGGAAUCCAGGAGCUAAUGCAGGGUGCUCUGGAUGUACUCCUCGGUAUAGCAUGAGCCGACUGUCGGGACGCUCGCGACAGGCACUGGCAAACUAUCCUUGCGCACCUGCUGGACAGCCCUUAACUACUGAAACAGAUGAACCUGUGGAAUACCUUUAUACUGACACUGAAGAGGGCCAUGAGCUCAUUGAGACCCAUGUUCCCCCAAUGGCCAGUACCUCCUUCAGCUCUAGGAUAAGCACCAGUAGCUCUGAGGACACACUGCUUUAUGAUUGGCGCUCGCUUCAGCUCGGCUCUACAAGUCCAGACUGCAGCACAGACCGCUACCAAACCAAACAGGAGAGUGAUGUUGGAGUAAGUGGUCUGACUGACAAGGACCUUAGAAGCAAGUUAAUUGAAAUGGGAGAAUAUCCAGGACCCAUAAACAGUCAAACCCGCCCACUGUACGUACAGAAGUUAAAGAGAUCCCUUCAGAAUACGCCACACAGCCAGAAAUCUGUCGCAGUGAGCCCCAGUGCUGCAGGUUACAGCCCAGAACUGGAAAAUGUGCUUCACAGAUUCAUACUUCCUAAUUGUCAAGCAGAUGAGCUUGCCCUGUGUGAGCAGUUUGAUAAGCCAGAUCAGAAUAAGAGAUGGCGGGAGGGUUACAUUAAAUCCAGCUUUAACUACCUGCUGCUUGAUCCACGAGUGACGAAGAAUCUACCCUAUCGAAGUCAGUCCAUGAAUCCUAAAGAAUGUUUUCAGACGUUCAUCAGUGCGGUUUUCUAUGUUGGAAAGGGCAAGCGCUCUAGACCUUACAGUCAUCUCUAUGAAGCUCUGGAAUAUUUCAAAGGAGAUAAGACCUCCAAGAAACUCUGCUCAAAAGUGCAGCACAUCCUGCAGGUCUGGAAUGCUGGGCACGGAGUGAUAUCCCUGCACUGUUUCCAGAAUGUCAUUGCUGUGGAAGCCUACACACGUGAGGCCUGUAUGGUGGAUGCUAUCGGGCUGAAGAUGCUCACAAACCAGAAAAGAGGAGACUACUAUGGUGUGGUGUCAACUUGGCUUGUACGAAGGAAACGGGAGUUAGGGGUUCACCUGUUGUACAGGGCAAUGCAGAUCUUUUUGGCUGAAGGAGAGCGACAGCUCCGACCUGCCGACAUAAGAUGAUCCAUAGACGCUGUGGCAUUAAAGAAACCAUUCAUAAAUUACUCUUGUUCACUAUUCCAAAAACAUAAGCAUGUUGUUAUAGUGAUA